GCUGCCCGUAGAUGUAAGCAGGGCAGCUGCAGAGAGAUAAGGAUACUGACACAGAGCGCCUAGCUCCCAUCCCUGCCUGCCCACCCAGGAGAGAGCAAGGUGACCAGGGUCACAAGAUGGUCUGUUCACUGUGGUUCUGGAUUUGGCUUGGAGAACUGUGAGUCUCUAAGGUCAGAAACCUGCAGAGAGGCACGCCGACAUUCUUCAAGGGGAGCUAUGACAAGGAGCAAACAGGCCAGCAGACUGCAGCCCUGCGAACUACCCUGCAGAUCCAGAGCAUCAACGCUCCUUCAGAGAAAAUGUGGGCGAGGAAUCUUAUGGCAAGAGCCUUAUAUGACAAUGUCCCCGAGUGUGCUGAGGAGCUGGCCUUCCGAAAGGGAGACAUCUUAACUGUCAUAGAACAGAACACAGGAGGACUAGAGGGAUGGUGGCUGUGUUCCCUACAUGGUCGCCAAGGCAUUGUCCCAGGCAACCGGGUGAAACUUCUGAUUGGUCCAGUACAGGAGCCCUCCAGUCAUGAGCAGCCUACUCCUGGACCCAUGCAUCAGACCUUUGGCCAACAGAAACUCUAUCAAGUACCAAAUUCACAGGCAGCAUCUCGUGAUACCAUCUACCAAGUGCCACCCUCCUAUCAGAAUCAAGGGAUUUACCAAGUACCUACUGGCCAUGGUACCCCAGAACAAGAUGUGUAUCAAGUACCACCAUCAGUUCAGAGAAACAUUGGAGGCACUAAUGGACCCCAUCUUGGGAAAAAGGUGAUCACCCCAGUGAGGACAGGUCAAGGCUAUGUGUACGAGUACCCAUCCAGAUUCCAAAAGGAUGUCUACGAUGUCCCUCCUUCCCACACUGCUCAAGGGGUAUAUGACAUCCCUCCUUCGUCAAUGAAAGGACCUGUGUUUUCAGUACCAGUGGGAGAGAUAAAACCUCAAGGGGUAUAUGACAUCCCCCCUACUCAAGGGGUCUAUGCCAUUCCACCAUCAGCUUGUCGAGAUGAAGCAGAGCUUAGGGAAAAGGAAUAUGAUUUCCCUUCUCCAGUGAAACAAGAUGGAAGGCCAGAUACUAGACCUGAGGGGGUUUAUGACAUCCCUCCAACCAGCACCAAGGCAGCAGGGAAGGACCUUCACUCCAAAUUCACCUGUGAUGCCCCAGGAGCUGCAGAACCAAUGGCACGAAGACAUCAGAGCCUUUCUUUGCAUCAUCCUCCCUCUCAGCUGGGGCAGUCCGGGGGCACUCAGAGUGAUGCAUAUGAUGUGCCCCGAGGAGUUCAGUUUCUGGAGGCACCCACAGAAACCAGUGAAAAGGCAAAUCCAGAGGAAAGAGAUGGUGUUUACGAUGUCCCUCUGCACAACCCAGCAGAUGCCAAGGGCUCUCGGGAUGUGGUAGAUGGAAUCAACCGACUGUCUUUCUCCAGCACUGGCAGUACCAGGAGUAACAUGUCGACGUCUUCCACCUCCUCAAAGGAGUCCUCAUUGUCAGCCUCCCCAUCUCAGGACAAAAGGCUUCUACUGGACCCAGACACGGCCAUUGAGAAGCUCUAUCGGCUCCAGCAGACCCUGGAGAUGGGUGUCUGCAGCCUCAUGUCACUCGCCACCACAGACUGGCGGUGUUACGGAUACAUGGAGAGACACAUCAAUGAGAUCCGCACUGCAGUGGAUAAGGUGGAGCUGUUUUUACGAGAAUACCUCCAUUUUGCCAAGGGAGCUUUAGCCAAUGCCGCCUGCCUCCCAGAACUGGUCCUCCACAACAAAAUGAAGCGGGAACUCCAAAGAGUAGAAGACUCCCACCAGAUUCUAAGUCAAACCAGCCAUGAUUUGAAUGAGUGCAGCUGGUCCCUGAAUGUCCUAGCUAUCAAUAAGCCCCAAAAUAAAUGUGAUGAUCUGGACCGGUUUGUGAUGGUAGCCAAGACAGUACCAGAUGAUGCCAAGCAACUGACCACCACCAUCAGCACCUAUGCAGAGACUCUUUUUAGAGCAGCAGGUCCUGGCAGUUCCCAUCUGAAGAAUGGGCCCGACAGCAUCAUGAACUCAAGCGAGUACACGCAUACGGGGCCCCAGAUGCAGCCAUUGCGCCCUGGUGACUACAAGGCCCAGGUCCACAAUAAGCCAUUGCCUCCCACUCUAGGCAAGGACCAACCACAAGACUGUAGUAGCAGUGAUGGUUCCGAAAGGAGUUGGAUGGAUGAUUAUGAUUAUGUCCACCUACAGGGCAAGGAGGAGUUCGAGAGACAGCAGAAGGAGCUCUUGGAGAAAGAGAACAUCAUCAAGCAAAGCAAGGCCCAGCUGGAGCAUCAUCAGCUGAGUCGGUUCCAGCUGCUGGAACAAGAGAUCACCAAGCCCGUGGAGAAUGACAUCUCUAAAUGGAAGCCCUCCCAGGCCCUCCCAACCACAAACAGCAGUGUGGGCGCUCAGGAUAGGCAGUUACUAUGCUUCUACUACGACCAGUGCGAGACCCAUUUCAUAUCCCUCCUCAACGCCAUCGACGCCCUCUUCAGCUGCGUUAGCUCAGCCCAGCCCCCACGGAUCUUUGUGGCCCACAGCAAGUUUGUCAUUCUUAGCGCACACAAACUGGUAUUCAUUGGGGACACUCUGACAAGGCAGGUGGCUUCCCAGGACAUUCGAAAUAAAGUCAGGAACUCCAGCAACCAGCUCUGUGAACAGCUCAAGACCAUAGUGAUGGCAACCAAGAUGGCUGCCCUCCACUACCCCAGCACCACCGCCUUGCAGGAGAUGGUGCAUCAAGUAACAGACUUGUCCAGAAAUGCUCAGCUGUUCAAGCGUUCCUUGCUGGAGAUGGCCACCUUCUGAGAAGACAAGGACAUGGAAGGGACUGUGUGAAUAAUUACUAAGGAGAACUGGAAAUACAAUCUGGUUUUUGUAAAUGUUAUCUAUUUUUGUAGAUAUUUUAUAUGAAAAUGAAAUAUUUUAACAUUUUGUGAGUUAGUUGAUUUUCAUCAAUUCAGGGAGCUGGAGUGGGAAAUCUUUUUUUUUUCCCCUGUGUGGUUCUUAUAUAUACAUAUAAGUAUCUAAAACAUAAGCUGUACAGUAAUGUGUCCAUGUUUGUCUAUGCCUGUGUAUCCAUAUUUGUAGAUGUGUGUCUGAUACAUUCCAUUGAAAACGAAUCAAGAAGCACCUUAGUACGCGCCUCCAAAUGCUGCACUGUUUGGGUUUUGUAGAAAAUUAUGCCAGUUGGUUGUAAUAUUGCUCUGCAUGUACCAGUAGGGAUCUGAGCCCAGCACACCCAAAUCUGGAACUCAGUAUAUUUUGCCAAGUGUUCGCCUCCCACAUAAUAAGUCAUGGUAUGGGAAACCCUUUUUGCAAACUUGACUGUCUUUAACACGGUGGUAAAAGAUUCCACUUUGGUUGUACACUCCAAGCUGAGGGGGGAGGAGGGAGAGAGAGUUUCAAAAAGGUAUACAUCAACCUAAAUAACCUAAGGCCCAGUGUCUCUGGUGCUAGAGAGAGGCGAGUGAGGUUUAUGUGCUGUACAAGAGACUGUGUCUACAGCCGUGCUUAAGCUGUUUCCACACAGACAGGAAGCUACAAUAAAGAGGUCUACAAAAGCUAGUUCCAGGACAGCCUCUAAAACCACAGAGAGACCCUGUCUCAAAACACAAACGAGAGAGAACGAGAACACUUGUUUCCCUGGGGCUGCAUUUGUGAGUGACUCAGCCACUAGGUUUUCUCAAGGGUGUUUUUAGAGUUGAAUUAAAAAAAAAAAAUUACAGUAGGAAUUCAUGAAGAUAAUAGAAGGCUGUAGCUGUGAACAAAAAGAAGGGAUUAAUGACCGUCAGUCAUUAAUGAGGGUCUCUCUGAGGGCUUUCUACCCCCGUUUUCCAAAGGAAAAUGGCCAGCUCCUUCAUCACUGAACUUCCUGCUGUCUCAUUGCUUGGUGUAUCCUGCGCACUUCUAAAAACUUACAUAUCAGCCUCAACACUCAAAACUGCUGAGAUCUGAUCUUCAUAUCUCCCUGUGGCCAUGCACCUUGUGGGUAAGUCACAUCACCGUGUGACAGCUAGUCACAGCAUCAAUCCUUCUGUGUGGGCCACAGCACAGGCGUUAGGGCCACCAGAUUCACUGUGGGCAGAUGAACUGUUCCCUGUUUCUUUAUGACCAAGUCGAGAAAUGUGAUUCUUGUAGUCUCUGUCCAUGGAAAUCAUUUCAUUUUGGCCUAUUUGGAGAUGUGCUUUUAUUUGUUAUAUAUGUCUUGACUGAGUUAAUGUUACUUGUUUUAAACAACCAAAUUAUAAAUGCAGGGAGGAGCUUAGGAAGAAUGUGUGUGAGUUCAGUGUGAUUUUUUUCUUCUUUUAAAUCAGUAGAAGUUUUCAAAGAGAAAAUGGUGCUUUUUAAAACAAAACACAACUGCAGUUCUCAAAGUCCUGCACUGCCAGAAGAUGAACAGCUGAGCUAUUGGACCACAAUUGACUGUAUGUGAGGGAAGGGGGUCGUGCAGCAUCAAUACCACUGGAUGAAGUCAGGAAGGGUAUACUUGUAGUUCUUGCUAUAUACCAUGUGUUGGGAUAGGGCUGCCUUGUCCUAACAGGAGUGAUGACAUUCCACAUUGCCAAAACCAAACUAUUUGAUUUGUAUUGCCCGUUGUCAUCUUGUAUAUACAAGCUAUUAAAUUUUUAGAUCAUUCUCUUCAU